AAAAUCUAUUGAACUUUUAUCAAAACUUAAAAGUAUGUUGUCUGAGUUGAAAUUAAAAACUAUAAGUAUUGACUUUGAACAAUCAAUGAUUCAGGCUAUUGAAUUAGUAUUUGUCGACAUUAAUAUUCAAUGUUGUUAUUAUCAUCUUUCCCAAAGUAUUUGUAAAAGUUCAAAACACAGGAUUAGCUAAAAAGUACAAAGAAAAUGAAAAUGUUCGUCAAAUGGUUGGCAUGAUUAAAGGUUUAGCAUUAUUGCCUCUAAAAUAUGUUAAGAAAGGUAUGUCUGUGUUGUAUGAUUUAUCAAAAGAUUUCAAUGAUCCUGAUAUCGAUGAACUAUUGUUAUACUUUGAUAAAACGUACGUUAAUGGGACUUACAAGAGAACUACUACACAAUCAAAUGGUUUGUCAUUUUGGCGAUCUUCACCAAUAUUUCCUCCUUAUUUAUGGAAUGUACAUAAUGCUACAAAGAAAAACACAGGUAGAACAAAUAAUAUUUGUGAAGGUUUCAAUAACAAAUUUAAAACUUUGGUAGAACUCCAGCAUCAAAUAUUUGGAUGUUCAUUGAAGACUACAAAAGUCAAAUUCAAUAGCAAUUAAUAAAUUAUUAAAACUUAAAACAGGCACGGUUUUUA